UCUGAUGAUAAAAUCGUUAACAUGUAUAUUUUACCCUUGACUUAAUGUGACCAUCAUGUGAUAACAUGUUUUUCUACCCCUCAUAUUUUUUUAGCAAUGAAGAAAUUGAAGUCAUACUCCGCCGCGUGAACAAUGAAGUAGCCGGGAAAGAUUGUCCAGUAAAGCAGAUGCCCGAAAUUAGGCAUACCCUGAGGAAGGGUCUUGUGUUGACUCCACAUCCCAACUCAGGUGAAAUCAUGACAGAUUUACUGGAGAAAAUAAAGGGGGAACACCAGGAUGUUGCUAAAGUUCUGCAAGAGGCAGAUUUAUGCACCGACUCUGACAUCCGGUCACUGACUGGAGCAGAACUGCAUCAGCUGUUUCCUGAACAAAAGGACCUCAGCUUUGAAAUAAUACACAAACAGAAGUCUGUUGGUCAGCUUCUAAGAGAAAUGAAAGACAUCUCAGGUGAUUUCAAGGAUGCUCUAACAGACAACGGGGUUUUGGUUGAUAACCUCCCUAUCCUGAAGGAGAUGCAGACCCACAUGAAGGAUAUGCAGAGUUUCCUUGAUGGUCACAUUUGUUCUCUGGCAAACAUCCAGAAUCAGCCAAACCAGGAAUCAGUCACGAAUGUGACGACGCCCCGCGAUGAUUACUGUCCUGAAGGAGCACACGGUGAAGUCAUGUCAGAUUCACUGCAGAAAAUAAAGGAGGAACACCAGGAUGUUGCUAAAGUUCUGCAAGAGGCAGAUUUAUGCAGCGACUCAGACAUCCGGUCACUGACAUCCAAACUGAGGAGGGGGAUCUUUGAAAUGAUACAAAAUCAGAAGCCCGUUAAACAGCCCCCCCCCACAGGGGUGAAUAACGGCAUCCCUUCCAGGGAUAAUCAGCCACAAAUGCGAAAGGAGAUUGGAUGUCUCUGCUCCAUGUGUGGCCCAUGCAGUGCUGGGCCCCGUGUUGGAACAGAGUUCUACCAGACGGGCAGUAUGAGUUGAACAGCCAGCCAACCGGCCUCUGCGUGAUCAUAAACAACGCACAUUUUUGGAAUGGUGACGUGAGACAUGGAACCGAUAUAG